AGCCUGAGGGCACCAGGUUGGGAAAGACUGUCAUCCUGGUCGCUGCCACAUUUUUUUCUUAUUCAUCCAUGCUUAUCAGGGUUGCAUCUUUCCUUCAGCUUUGUUGCUGUGAUACAUUACAAACGUGCUCCAUUUCUCAAUAAGCAGAUUAUAUUUGCUGCCGACCCUCGCUAGCUCUUGUUAUGUUAACUUACCCAUAAAUAUGCUACGAACCAGAAUUCCACAGUGCAUGGGAGUUCUGUGUUUAUGCUUAUUCGGGACUGUUUCUGUAAAAAGGACAUACAGUACCAGACAAAAGGCUGAAUGUGGAGAGAAACUUCUCCUUCCUCCCCAGAGUUGCCUCCACUUCCGCCUUCACCAGCAGAGAUAAAAUCGGGGCAUGCAAAGGAGGCGGGAAGCGGGGCUGCAUCGUGCGGAGGGGGCUGCUUUCUAAUUAAGACUCCUAAUUAAGCGCCGUCACUCCCUGCCUCACACGCGGGGUCUCCCAUUCCCGCCCCCGCUGCCCAGGAUUUCGGGAAGCUGCAACUUGCUCUGGCUUCUGGGCUACUCAGGAAGCUGAACCUGCAAACCUAGCUGAGACGGAACCUGCAAACCUGGCCAGGAUGGAAGGAGGAAGAUGGACGGUUGACCUGGUCAGGCUGUCUCCUGCAUCCCUCCCCACAACCUCUGAGCAUUCCCUCCCAGGACCCAGGGAGAAAUCUGGUGAGGAAGAUGAGGGCCAGAAUUCUAUGGAGCCACCUGUGACUUCAUUGGGAAGAACAAAGAAACAGUUUAAAUGCAUGGAAUGUGGGAUAUGGUUUAGUCACAGUGGAACACUUAGAAGACAUCAACAAACUCACACAGGGAAGAAAUCAUUGGAACGUAUACAGUGUGGAAAAAGCAUCAGUCAAAAUGGACAACUUAGAAUAUAUCAACGAACUCACACGGGGGAGAAAUCAUUUAAAUGUACUGAAUGUGGAAAGAGCUUCAGUGGAAUUGGAGCACUUAAAACACACCAACGAACUCACACGGGGGAGAAACCAUUUAAAUGUAUUGAAUGUGGAAAGAGCUUCAGUCAAUAUGGACACCUUAGAAGACAUCAACGAACUCACACAAGGGAGAAACUAUUUGAAUGUAUUGAAUGUGGAAAGAGCUUCACUCAUUAUGGAUUCCUUAGAAGACAUCAACGAACUCACAUGGGAGAGCAACCAUUUAAAUGUAUUGAAUGUGGAAAGUGCUUCACUCAAUAUGGACACCUUAGAAUACAUCAACGAACUCACACAGGGGAGAAACCAUUUAAAUGUAUUGAAUGUGGAAAGAGCUUCAGUGAAAAUGGAGCACUUAGAAGACACCAACGAACUCACACAGGGGACAAACCAUUUGAAUGUAUUGAAUGUGGAAAGAGCUUCAGUGAAAAUGGAGCACUUAGAAGACACCAACGAACUCACACAGGGGACAAACCAUUUGAAUGUAUUGAAUGUGGAAAGAGAUUCAGUGUAAGUGGAGCACUUAGAACACAUCAACGAACUCACACGGGUGAGAAACCAUUUGAAUGUAUUGAAUGUGGAAAGAGCUUCAGUGUAAGUGGAAACCUUAGAAAACAUCAACGAACUCACACGGGCGAGAAACCAUUUGAAUGUAUUGAAUGUGGAAAGAGCUUCAGUGAAAAUGGAGCACUUAGAGGACAUCAACGAACUCACACGGGGGACAAACCAUUUAAAUGUAUUGAAUGUGGAAAGUGCUUCAGUCUAAGUGGACACCUUAAAAUACAUCAACGAACUCACACAGGGGACAAACCAUUUAAAUGUAUUGAAUGUGGAAAGAGCUUCACUCAAAAGGGAACCCUUAGAAAACAUCAACGAACUCACACAGGGGAGAACCCAUUUGAAUGUAUUGAAUGUGGAAAGAGCUUCAGUCAAUAUGGAAACCUUAGAAUACAUCAACGAACUCACACAGGGGAGAAACCAUUUGAAUGUACUGAAUGUGAAAAGAGCUUCACUCAAUAUGGACACCUUAGAAUACAUCAACGAACUCACACAGGGGAGAAACCAUUUAAAUGUAUUGAAUGUGGAAGGAGCUUCAGUGGAAGUGGACACCUUAGAAGACAUGAACGAACUCACACAGGGGAGAAACCAUUUAAAUGUAUUGAAUGUGGAAAGAGCUUCAGUCAAUAUGGAAACUUUAGAACUCACCAACAAACCCACACAGGGGAGAAACCAUUUGAAUGUAUUGAAUGUGGAAAGAGAUUCAGUGGAAGUGGAGCACUUAAAACACAUCAACGAACUCACACGGGUGAGAAACCAUUUGCAUGUAUUGAAUGUGGAAAGAGCUUCAGUCGAAGUGGAGACCUUAGAAUACAUCAACGAACUCACACAGGGGAGAAACCAUUUAAAUGUAUUGAAUGUGGAAAGAGCUUCAGUGGAAGUGGAAACCUUAGAAAACAUCAACAAACUCACACGGGGGAGAAACCAUUUGAAUGUAUUGAAUGUGGAAAGAGCUUCAGUCGAAGUGGAGACCUUAGAAUACAUCAACGAACUCACACAGGGGAGAAACCAUUUAAAUGUAUUGAAUGUGGAAAGAGCUUCAGUGGAAGUGGAAACCUUAGAAAACAUCAACAAACUCACACGGGGGAGAAACCAUUUGAAUGUAUUGAAUGUGGAAAGAGCUUCAGUGGAAGUGGAGCACAUGGAAGACAUCAACGAAUUCACACAGGGGAGAAACCAUUUAAAUGUAUUGAUUGUGGAAAGAGCAUCAUUCGAAAUGGACACCUUAGGAAAUAUCAGCUUAUUCACGCAGGGGGGAAACCAUAGAUAUUUGGAAAGAGCUUCAGAGGGAGUGGAGAUCUUAAUAUUAAUAAGCAAAUUUACAGGGGGGGGGUAUCGUAUAAAAUGUAUGGAGUUUUCCACUCAGGUUU